GGUCUGUGUUAACAGGAUUUUAUACAGUGUAACAAAACUUUCCUGUUCUGAGCAUAGAUAGGAACUUUCCUUUGAACCAUACUGACCAGCUUUCAAUUUACUCUGGACAUUUUCAAAGAUCCUGGGAACUGAAGCUGGGGCAUUCAAUGCCAGGAAACAGACUGCAGGGAGAAAGAAAAGAUGCAGAAUCUGUGUGUUACAAAUGGGAGUACAGAGCAGUGCUGUGGUGAGCACAGACGAAGACUGGAGUUGUUCUGCCAGGAGGAUGAGGCCUUUAUCUGUGUCCUGUGUGUUCCCAGACAUUCCGGUCACAGUUUUGUGUUCCUGCAUGAGGCCGUCAGUGUGUAUAAGGACAAGCUAAAAACAUCGUUAUCAUCCCUGGAACUAAAAGUCAGAGAUCUUAAAGAUUUACAAACCAAGAAUGAGACUGAAUUCCUGGAGAUACAAGAACAUGCUGUUAAUUUGGAAAAAUACAUUGCAGAAGAAUUUGUAAAACUGCACCAGUUUCUCCAUGACAAGGAGCAAAAACUCAUUCAACAGCUUAACAGCAAAGCAUCAGAAAUUCUGAGAGAGAUAAAAGAAAAUCUUGAAUGCAUUAAAACUGACAUUACAGAAAUUCACUCGGCAGCAGUGUAUGAUACUAACUUUCAAAUCAAAACAGAAGUAGAGGUUCUGGAAGUUCUGGAAGAGAGAAAUGAUGACACAGACGAUCUGACAACCACUGAGGAAUCAGUGUCAGGUGACACAUCAGAACAUGGAAAACACAAACCUAAUGGAGUUCUAUCAGCUCCAGAAUCCUUUGAGGAUGUUGCUGUUACUUUCUCAGCAGAGGAGAUGAAGAUGUUAACAAAACAAGACAAGGAGCUUCAUAAGGAAGUGAUGUUAGAGAACUAUGAAACCUUAGUUUCAGCAGGUUACAAGAUCCCCCCAGAGGCAUUGUUAGUGCUACUUAAAGAAGAUAACCCUGAACUGGCAGUGAGUGACAAGGAGGGGAUAAACAGAACAGAACAAAAGAAUAAUUUUAAAGAAAAGCCUGACAGCAAUGGGAGCAGAGAAUGGAGCAUUUGCUGGAGUCAGCAGCCAUCACUUGGAGUAUCUGUUUCACAUUAUCCUACAGAGAAUGUCAUCCUGUUAUACCUGUAG